AUGUAUGAUGUAGAACAAAAAUCUAUAGACGACUACAUAAAAUAUUACGAAGAACUGACUUACGACACACAAGAGCUCCACAACAAACACUUGAGGGCAAAAAGGUCAACAACAGAAGGCAAGAGACUGGAACUGAAAUUUACAGCUCAUAACAGGUCAUUCCAUUUAGAUUUGAAGCCGUCCACCUCUGUUUUUACCAAAAACUUUAGAUCCACCCACAACAAUGGGACGGAGGAUCCUGUGGAUCUGUCUAUAAUAUAUGAGGGGUCAGUUAGGGGCGAACCUGGGAGCAACGUCCACGGAGCUGUGAUUCUGGGAAUAUUCCGGGGGAAAAUUAAUAUUCCCAGUGACACUGUGUACCACAUUGAGCCUGCAUACAGAUUCUACGGCCUUAAUGAGGCACAAAAAUUACCGUACCAUUCUGUUAUCUAUAAGGAUGAACAUCUUGAUUUAGACCCAUAUAGAUACAAAGAAGGUACAGAGGCCAGAACAGGAAAUUGUGCCCUUGACAGAUACCAAGACUGGAUGGUCCAACAAACCGAGGCUGAGGUCAAUUUACGGACGAAACGUAUAUACUUCAGCCAAAAAGAAAAACACAACAAGUAUUCUGCAGAGAGCAACGAUGAUAAGAAUCGAGGAAUACGGUCGGCUGGAGUAGAAACCUGUGAUAACACUAUACCAAACACAUGCAACCUUUACCUGAGAUCAGAUCCAGUAUUAUUUAAUAAAUUCAACACUGAUCUCGGCAAUAAUCAAAUCGCAGCCAGAGACGAAAUUCUCUCCCUCUUCAGUACUCAUGUUAACGCAUUGAAUGAAAUUUUCCGACGCACAAGACUUAAAUCCUCUUCUACAAUCCCAUGUUUCGUUCAAUUUCAAAUCCAGCGGACUACGGUUAUGACAGACAGCACGGAGAACUGUGUUCUUCAAAAGACAAAGUUCUGUCAGGAGAACCUAGACGUCAGUAACUUUCUAAAUCUUCAUUCUCUCUCUAACCACGACAGCUUCUGUCUGGCCUAUACCUUUACCUAUCGAGAUUUUCUACAAGGAACACUGGGACUCGCCUGGGUUGGAUCUUCUACAGCAUCAUCAGGUGGCGUAUGUGAAAGACACAAAUCCUACAGGGAAGGUACCACUGAAAUCAAGAAAAGUCUCAACACGGGAGUGGUUACUCUACUCAACUAUGGCAAACGUGUCCCCCCACGUAUCUCAGAGCUCACUUUCGCUCAUGAAGUCGGACACAACAUGGGAUCUCCCCACGAUGACGGUAAACCAUGUGCCCAGACCACUUCUGAUCAGGGAAAUUAUAUCAUGUUUGCAAGUGCAACAAAGGGAAACCUUCCAAACAACGAUGAUUUCUCUCUCUGUAGUAAAAAUAGUUUUACUGACGUCAUUACGGCUGUUGUUGAUCCAAAUAAGGGAAAAUACAACUGCUUUACACAGUCCAACAUGGCGUUCUGUGGUAAUGGAAUUGUAGAGGAGGGAGAGGAGUGUGACUGUGGUUAUGAUACAGACUGUACAGAUAAAUGCUGUAAUCCACAACAAACAAGUGGUCCCGACAGCAAUGCGUGUACACUUAAAAUAGACCAAAUGAACAAUCGGAAAUAUAAUUGCAGCCCUUCCCAAGGAGCUUGUUGUUCAUCAGAAUGUACCUAUAUGGACACAGAGAAUCAAUGUCGACCUUCAACAGAAUGCAUGAAGGCUCAAAAUUGUACAUAUCCUUCAUCAACUUGUCCUGCAUCAGAGAAGGAACCAGAUCUAACCUUCUGUGAUAACUUCUCCCAAGUUUGUCUUAAUGGGUUUUGUUCCGGGUCCCUCUGUUUAAAAAUUAAUGGUACUAAUAUUAAUACUUCUGAUAGUACCACUUCAAGAUGGGAGCAAUGCUUCAUCCCAAGAACUGGGGAUCUCACAGUGCAGGACAGAGUGGAGCUGUGUUAUCUGGCUUGUAGACAGAAUAAUUCCACUGAAUGCUAUACAUCAAAUAGCAAUCUAGAUCAUUUGAAAGCCAGAGAAUUCGAUACUUUAGUAAAGGAAGUCAACAUGAUGAAAAAUUCCUCAGGUGGAGUGAGAAUGCCAGCAGGUGCAGUGUGUAAUGAUUAUCAGGGUGUUUGUGACGCUUUCUCUCGAUGUCGAGGAGUUAGUGAUGAAGGACCCUUAAGGAGAUUGACAAAUCUGUUGUUUAGUGAGGAAACAUUGGCCAACAUCAAAAACUGGAUUAUAGAACAUUGGUGGGCCACUAUUCUGAUAGGGAUUGGUGUGAUCGUAUUUAUGGGAAUUUUCAUAAAAGUAUUUUCUGUACAUACUCCUAGUACCAAUCCUGACAGGCCGGUACAGAAUCACAACAUCCCACUCCGCGAGCCUGAGCCUGAGCACAACCGCAGGAGGAAGCGCUCCUCGGAAUUCCCUCCGCCAUAUUCCCCUCCCGGAGGCCCACCACAGGGACACAGAAAAAGGUAGAAUGAAGUAAAGACAAAAAAUACGAACAUUUCUAACACAUAAAAUUUUAAAUCAAGUCAGCUUAUUUAGUUGAACAACCAACAGAUUUUCACUGACAUUUCCUGUGAUUGGCUUUAAAACCAUUUGUGUUGUACCUCGGAUUUCUAUUAGACAACUUCUAUUUCUUUGAGUGACAAGGAACGGUAACUCUGUAAAGAUACCGGUGAAUUGUAAAAAAUGAAAUGUAUACGUGUAUAAUAAGGUGAAUGCAAAAAAUUACAUGUAUAUAUAUUUAUAAUUGGACUAUUGUACUCUCCUGAUUGCUCUUUGUCACUUGAGGUAUUUAACUCACCUGAGCUGAAAGCUCAAGUGAGCUUUUCUGAUCACAUUUUGUUCGGCGUCCGUCUGUCCGUCUGUCUGUCCGUCUGUCUGUCUGUAAACUUUUCACAUUUUCAACUUCUUCUCAAUAACCACUGGGCCAAAUUCAACCAAACUUGCCACAAAGCAUCCUUGGGUAAAGGGGAUUCAAGUUUGUUCAAAUGAAGGGCCACGCCCUCUUUCAAGGGGAGAUAAUUAGGAAUUAGUGAAAAAAUAAUGGCAUCAUUUAAAAAUCUUCUUCUCAAGAACCACUGGGCCAGGAAAGAUGAAACUUAUGUGGAAACAUCCUCAGGUAGUGUAGAUUCAAGUUUGUUCAAAUCAUGACCCCCGGGGGUAGGGUGGGGCCACAAUGGGGGAUCCAAGUUUUACAUAGAAAUAUAUAGGAAAAUAUCUUUAAAAAUCUUCUUCUUAAGAACAGUAAAGCCAGGAUUGGUCAUAUUUAUAUGGAAGCAUCCUCAGGUAGUGUAGAUUCAAGUUUGUUCAAAUCAUGACCCCCGGGGUAGGGUGGGGCCACAAUGGGGGAUCCAAGUUUUACAUAGAAAUAUAUAGGAAAAUAUCUUUAAAAAUCUUCUUCUUAAGAACAGCAAAGCCAAGAUUGGUCAUAUUUUUAUGGAAGCAUCCUCAGGUAGUGUAGAUUCAAGUUUGUUCAAAUCAUGUCCCCCGGGGAUAGGGUGGGGCCACAAUGGGGGAUCCAAGUUUUACAUAGAAAUAUAUAGGAAAAUAUCUUUAAAAAUCUGCUUCUUAAGAACAGUAAAGCCAAGAUUGGUCAUAUUUAUAUGGAAGCAUCCCCAGGUAGUGUAGAUUCAAGUUUGUUCAAAUCAUGACCCCCGGGGGUAGGGUGGGGCCACAAUGGGGGAUCCAAGUUUUACAUAGAAAUAUAUAGGAAAAUAUCUUUAAAAAUCUUCUUCUUAAGAACAGCAAAGGCAUGAUUGGUCAUAUUUAUAUGGAAGCAUCCUUAGGUAGUGUAGAUUCAAGUUUGUUCAAAUCAUGACCCCCGGGGGUAGGGUGGGGCCACAAUGGAAGAUCCAAGUUUUACAUAGAUAUAUAUAGGAAAAUAUCUUUAAAAAUCUUCUUCUUAAGAAAGCAAAGCCAUGAUUGGUCAUAUUUAUAUGGAAGCAUCCUCAGAUAGUGAAGAUUCAAAUUUGUUCAAAUAAUAACCCCCGGGGGUAGGGUGGGGCCACAAUUGGGGAUCAAAGUUUUACAUAGAAAUAUAUAGGAAAAUAUCGUUAAAAAUCUUCUUCUUAAGAACAGUAAAGCCAUGAUUGGUCAUAUUUAUAUGGAAGCAUCCUCAGAUAGUGAAGAUUCAAGUUUGUUCAAAUUAUUACCCUGGGGAUAGGUUGGGGCCACAAUGGGUGAUCAAAGUUUACAGAGGAAUAUAUAGGAAAAAGUCUUUUUCUCAAGAACAGAAAAGCCAUGAU